CCAGCAAGCAUAAAGGAAGUAGAUUUAAAAGAGUUAAAGCACAGGACUGAGUGUGCACAGUGCUAGACGAGCGUCUCUUUGGGACCCUGAAGGAAACUAAUAUGGGCUGGAGUGACAGGUUCACUGUCUCACUUGACCCCGCUCUGAAAUACAGUGAGGGCUGUAGACUUGAUAGGCAUCCAUCCACCUCCAGCGAGCACACUUCUCCAGGCUUCCUUUUUGUGGCAGGAAUGGAGUUCAGGGUCAGUGCCAAGGGACGUGUACCAGGACGAUUUCUGAAUGGAGGCAUCUCCCAAGUAUGGACUCCUCCGAAGAUGCCGCCGGCGUUCUUCCUAAAGCGACGGAGGAAGAUCAGCCAGACCUGUGUUAAAGGCAGGGGACAGCUGAAGAUCUCCAUCCAUAUGCAAGGCAGAAACCUUAAACUUUAUGUCAUGGAAGCCAAAGGCCUAAUGGGAAAGGAGAAUCGGAUUUGUGACUCCUUUGUCAAGGUGUCCAUUGUGCCAGAUACAUCUCGGAAGUGCAGGCAAAAGACCAAGAUGGUUCUGGGCAGUAAAAACCCUAUCUUCCAUGAGCACUUUAUGUUCUCUUUGCAGGAGGAAGAUGAGCAAAAGCGUCUCCUGGUCACAGUCUGGAACCAACCAAAGGAUUCCAGGCAGAGCAGGCUCAUUGGCUGCAUGAGCUUUGGCGUGAAGACCCUGCUGGGUCCAGACAAGAAGAUUUGUGGCUGGUAUUACUUACUGGGAGAAGAUCUGGGCAGGACAAAGCACCUGAAGGUGGGCGCCCGGCGGCUACAGCAAGGCCAAGACCUGAUGCUGGCCAAGCCAGCUGCGUUACUGAGGGAGCAGCAGCAGCAAGAGGAGGACAUGCGGCAGGUCAAGAUUACAAUCCCACGUGGGAAGCAUGGGUUUGGCUUUACCAUCUGCUGUGACUCCCCUGUCCGGGUCCAAGCUGUUGAUUCUGGUGGCCCGGCAGAGAAGGCUGGCUUGCGGCAACUGGACACAGUCCUUCGGCUCAAUCAGCAGUCUGUGGAAGACUGGAAAUGUGUGGAACUGGCCCAUGAGAUUCGGAACUGUCCCCAGGAGAUCAUCCUGCUAGUUUGGCGCAUCGCCCCACAGGCCAAACCCAGCCUACGAGGGGUCAUCCGCCGUCCCUCUUGCAAAUCAUCGUAUGAUUCGCAGUGCUCCCCCACCGGGCGGGAGAAGAGCAGCACAGGGCGAUCACGGCCCCCUGAGCAUCGGCAGAGCUGCCACGUGUUGUAUGAUGGGAAUGAGGGUUUCACGCUUGAUGGCUGGGAGCGAUACACCGAGCUCGGGAAGGCUCCCCGGCAGCACACCAUGCCUCCGUCUUCCCGGCCUCCUUCCUCCGGUGGAGCAGACAAGAACUACAUUAUCCUGACCCCACUUAACCCAGGAGGCCAGCUUCUGAGGCAAGUCUACCAGGAGAACAAAGCUCCCGAAGGCAAUGUGUGCAAAGGAGAAUCUCAUGGCAAGAAAUCCCGGCUCAUGAAGACGGUGCAGACCAUAAAAGGCCAGGGAAGCAGCCCCCGGAGCUGCCCUCUGUCAGGGCCCCGCAUCCCGUACUCCAGUUACGGCACAUAUGUGACGCUCGCUCCCAAAGUGCUGGUCUUCCCCAUCUUUGUGCAGCCGCUGGACCUCUGCAGCCCAGCCCGGACCCUGAUCCUGUCAGAAGAGCUGCUUCUCCAUGAGGCGCGGAACAAACCGACCGAGGUGACCCUCUUUGUCUAUUCAGACUUACUGCUGUUCACCCAGGAAGAUGAGCCCGGACGAUGUAAUGUCUUUCGCAACCCCCUUUACCUGCGGGAUGUUCGGCUGCAAGAAGAUUCCUCCGAGGAUCUGAAAUUCUGCAUCCUUUAUCUGGCAGAGGAGUUGGAGUGUGUGCUCAGCCUGCAGGCUCACUCCAGCGAGCAGAAGACCAGGGUGUGCUGGUGUCUGAGUGAUAACAUCUUGAAACAGCAGCCACGAAUGACUCCGACAGCCCCCCCAGCUGAAAGCAAGAUGCUUGAGCCAGAAGCUGAGGAAUUAGGGGCAGUGCUGUCUGUGGAGGAGGAUAACAGCAGCCGCCUCACCUAUCCUGUGAGAGAGGACUCAGUAGUGGGGCUGACAGAGGAAGCUGUGGCAGACCUCCAGGGCAUCCCUAUGGAACAGGGGAAGCAGACAUCCCGCCUCGAGGGGAAGGAACGGGCCGUGCCCUGCAACAGCUCUGCUGCCUUUGCAGUCCCAACGCUGCAGGUGGACAGUACUUUUAGCCAAGACCUGACAUGCCUCACCAGCCUCAAGCUCAAUGGUCCAGUGGAAUUGGCCGAGGAUGAAGAGGAGGAGGAAGAGGAAGAGGAGGACAAUGAUGAGGCCUACCUGACCCAGUGGGAGAGGAAACGCUGCAGCUUGUUUGAAACAUCAGGGUGCAAGUCAGCUUGCAGCCUGAGCGUGCAGAACUCGCUGCGCCGUCGGACUCACAGCGAAAGCAGCCUCCUCCAGGAGCCCCGGGCUGGCCACUGCUUUGCCUCUGACACCAGCCUGAAUUAUGCCGAGGUGCAAGGCCCCACCCCUGGCUGGACCCUGCCAUCCCCCCAGACCCUCAAGAAACAGCUUACGAGGGAUGGGGGCUCCAUCCACCAACUCACCCUGCUCUUUGUUGGGAAUCGGAAGCGGCAGCAGCAGACGCCGGAUCCUGACGGUGUUUGUGACUCAGGAGCAGCCCACAAGAUGAACAAGGCGAUGGCCAAAGAUGUGAAGAACCGAUUGGGACUCUUUCGGAAGCGGAAUGAAGUCCCGGGGGGCCAGCCGGUGAGCAAGAUCGACAAAAUGGUGAAGCCUCUGAAGCCACCUCCUGAAGAAGCUCUCAAGUGGGGAGAUUCACUGGAAAAGCUGCUGCAGCAUAAAUACGGAGUGGCUGCCUUCCAGGCUUUCCUGCGCACCGAGUUCAGUGAGGAGAACCUGGAGUUCUGGCUGGCGUGCGAGGAGUAUAAGAACAUCAGGUCCCAGUCCAAGAUGAUAUCCAAAGCCAAGAAGAUUUUCACAGAAUAUGUUGCUGUCCAGUCCUGCAAGGAAGUCAACCUGGACUCCUAUACCCGGGAACACACCAAAGAGAACUUGCAAAACAUCAGCCGGGGCUGCUUUGACCUUGCCCAGAGACGGAUUUAUGGCUUGAUGGAGAAGGACUCCUACCCCCGCUUCCUGCGCUCAGAGCUGUACUUGGACCUCAUUAACCUGAAGAAGCCUAGCCUUUCACUGUAGACGGAGCUAGGUCUCUCCAGGGUAUUUCUGGGGAGCUGUAUGUUUACAAAUAAUUGUCUUUUUGGUUAAGGGAUUGUCUAGACAAACAAACCUGUCUUCCCACCUGAAGGGGCCUUGGGGUUAGAGAACUGAGCAGCCUACAACUCCUUCUUCCCACGAACCUGCUUUUUUCCCUGGUACGAUGAAGUCCCAGCAACCAAAGCAGCAAAGGAUUAGACGCUCCAACCCUCCACUGGAAAAUCCAGAGCUUUUCUCCCACCAGGCUGUUCUGGAGGUGGCACGGCUGUAGAUUCUUCCUGCACGCAGACCUGUGCUGGGACAAAUGUGGCUUUCAUGAAUGGGAUUGCCAAGACUGCUGCAUCUUCCUGAGGCCAGGAUAGACGGAGGUCACAUGCGGACUUUUUGGGGGGACAGUAGCAUCUUGGCAUGUCUCCUCUUGACAAAGAGCCCUUCUGAAUUGUCCUUCCCACUAACGUGGAAUUCUCCUGCUUCUCUUCAACGGCCUGAGAGGCAUAGUCCUUUCUAGGUUUAUUUAUUGAAGCCUUCUAGUGGGAUACUUGAUAGGCCGUGUCUGUGAGAGGUCUUCCUGCUGAGUUUCUUUUUUAAUUUAAGUGCAAUAUUAUUUUUUUAUUACUCCUACUGCUAUUAUUUGUCAGGCUCUGGUUUUCUCUCUGACCCUCGGAGUGUCCAGCAAAAUGAAUGCAAGUCAGUUCUCAGUGUCAUUUGGCCUUUAACAUCUGCUCCAGCAGCAGAGGUAUAAAAAAAAAGGAUACUGCAUCUUGUUGCAACAGUAGCAUACUUUGUAGAGAUAGAAGAAUAGCCGUAUGUUUCCUUGCCGUGUCAUAAAGGGAUGUGUGAGACAGGAAUGCAACUGGGUUUGUAUUCGUAUCCAUGUGACUGUUAAUAUUUGGGUCCAGAAAGGUUAAAUCUCCUCCAGGGAGACAUUUGGCCAAGUGCCUGGUUUACUUCUCAAGCCUAUCUCUGCAGUUUAAAAUAUUUCUGUUGGUUUUGUUUUUUUACUACAUCAUGUCUAUUUAGAAUAAAUAAAGAGACAAUGCAAGUUCA